GCGCCCCCCGGGCCCGCCCCCUGCUCUCCGGAGCCGGAAGCUGAGCAUCCGCAGCCGGCGCAGCUCCCUCCACUCACCGCCCUGCAUCAUGCUCCGCGCGCCCCGCUGCCUCCUCCGGAUCUCGGUAGCGCCUGCCGCGGCCCUGGCUGCGGCGCUGCUCUCGUCGUUUGCGCGCUGCUCUCUUCUAGAGCCUAGGGACCCAGUGGCCUCAUCGCUCAGCCCCUAUUUCGGCACCAAGACUCGCUAUGAGGAUGUCAAUCCCGGGCUGCUGUCGGGCCCCGAGGCUCCGUGGCGGGACCCUGAGCUACUGGAAGGGACCUGCACCCCGGUGCAGCUGGUGGCCCUUAUUCGCCACGGCACCCGCUACCCCACAGCCAAACAGAUCCGCAAGUUGAAGCAGCUGCACGGGUUGCUGCAGGCCCGCGGGUCCAGGGAAGGUGGGGCCGGUAGUACCGGCAGCCGCGACCUGGGUGCCGCGCUGGCCGACUGGCCUUUGUGGUACGCGGACUGGAUGGACGGGCAGCUGGUGGAGAAGGGACGGCAGGAUAUGCGACAGUUGGCGCUGCGUCUGGCCUCUCUCUUCCCGGCCCUUUUCAGCCUUGAGAACUACGGCCGCCUGCGGCUCAUCACUAGCUCCAAGCACCGCUGCGUGGAUAGCGGCGCCGCCUUCCUGCAGGGGCUGUGGCAGCACUACUACCCUGGCUUGCCGCCGCCCGACGUCGCAGAUAUGGAGUGUGGACCUCCAAGGGUUAAUGAUAAACUAAUGAGGUUCUUUGAUCACUGUGAGAAGUUUUUAACUGAAGUGGAAAGGAAUGCUACAGCUCUUUAUCACGUGGAAGCCUUCAAAACUGGACCAGAAAUGCAGAACAUUUUAAAAAAAGUUUCAGCUACUUUGGAAGUGCCAGUGAAUGAUUUGAAUGCAGAUUUAAUUCAAGUAGCCUUUUUCACCUGUUCAUUUGACCUGGCAAUUAAAGGUAUUAAAUCUCCUUGGUGUGAUGUUUUCGACAUAGAUGAUGCAAAGGUAUUAGAAUAUUUAAAUGAUCUGAAACAAUACUGGAAAAGAGGAUAUGGGUAUACUAUUAACAGUCGAUCCAGCUGCACCUUGUUUCAGGAUAUCUUUCAGCACUUGGACAAAGCAGUUGAACAGAAACAAAGUUUGUGGAACUUUCUUGGAUUUGUUGGGCAUUCAGGAAGGAAAAUCAAAUUGAGUAUUUCGUUUCUUUACCAAAAACUUGUGUGGAGAUUUCAUUCAAGGCAAGUAUCCUUGAAAUAGUAGUUAACUUUUUUCCUGCUCAAUUUGAUGAAUGGUUUAUAACUCUCAGACUUUAUGAGAUAAUAGAUCUUUAUUAUUUGUUCAUGGUUUGUCUUGCUUUGAGAUAUGAGAUAUGGUAAACUUAAAACUGUGUCUGGAAAAUUUUUAAAUCAUGUUUGCUAUUAUAUUUUAUUCUCAAUUUAGUGCCUUAAAUAAGAAGUUUAUCAUUGGUGUUUUAUUCAAGUAGUGAGUAUUUCUGUAUACUGAAAAGUACAAAACAUUUCAGAAAGAUGACCCAAAUAUAUGGAAACAUACAAUUUUUAUGGAUUGGAAAACCCAAAUUAGUAACCUGUAUAUUGAAUCGCUGUGUAAAUCUCAGUAUCUUUUUUUUUUUCAUAGAAAUUGAGAAGCUAAUUCUAAAAUAUAUGCAGAAAUUUAAAGGACCUAGAAGAGUUAAAACAAUUUUAAGAAAGAACAUAGGGACUUACAGUGUCUGACUUCAGAACUUACUAUGAACUGUGUUAUAGUCAAAUAUUAAUAGAUCAAUAGGGUAGAAUAGAGUCAAGAAACGAACUCAGAUAUAUAUGGUAAAUUGAUUUUUGACAAAGAUGCUAAGGUAAUACAUUGGGGAAAAGGGUAGUAUUUUCAACAAAUGGUGAAGAAACAAUUGGAUUUAUAUCUUGUCAAAAAAAUGACACCUAGACCCUUCACACUAUACACAAAAACAGAUUAUUUAAAGUAAAAUGUAAAACUGUAAAAUUCCUUAAAAUCCAGAGACAGUGACCUAAAUAUAAGAACUAAAACUAUAAAUCUCUUAGAGGAGAACCUAAGGGUAAAUCUUCAUGACCUUGGAUUAGGCAAGGAUUUCUUAGAUGUAACACCAAAAGUGUGAUCUGCUAACUAAAAUUCAUAAAAUGGGCCAAGUGUGGUGGCUCAUGCCUGAAAUUCCAGCACUUUGGGAGGCCGAGGCAGGCAGAUCACCUGAGGUCAUGAGUUCGAGACCAGCCUGGCCAACAUAGUGAAACCCCAUCUCUACAAAAAAUACAAAAAUUAGACAGGCAUGGUGGUGUACGCCUGUAGUCCCAGCUACUCUGAAGGCUGAGGCAGGAGAAUCGCUUGAACCCUGGAGGUGGAGGUUGCAGUGAGCCAUGAUUGUGCCACUGCACACCAGCCUGGGCCACAGAGCAAAACUCAAAAAUAAAAAGAAGUUGAUUAAAAUGAACAUCAGAACUUAAAACCUUUUCCUUCAAAAGAUGCUAUUCAGAAAAUGAGAAGACCAAGCCAAGUAUUUGGAAAAAGUAUUUGCAAAACAUAUGUGAUUAAGGAUUGAAUCCAGAAUAUGCAGAAUACUUACAACUCAGACACUAAAACCACCAGUUUUUUAAAAGGGUAGAAGAUUUGAAAAGAUUUCGCUAAAUAAAAUGUAUGGAUGGCAGACAAGUACAUGAAGGGUUGUUCACUGUCAUGAGAUAUUGAAGCCACAGUGAAAUACCACUAAUGAAUUCUGUAAAUCAGCCAAAAUAAAAAAGGGAUUGUCGUAAGUGUUGGUGAGAUGUGAAGAAAUUAGAAACCUCAUACAUUGCUGCUUGGAAUACAAAAUUGUAUAGAUACUUUGGGAAAGUUUGUAAUUUCUUCAAAAGCCAAACAUGUAUCUUUAUGACUUAGCAAAUUUAUUCCUAAGAAUCUACCCAAUAGAAAUGAAUAUACGCAUCUAUACAUAGACUCAUGUGAACGUUUACAGCAAAAUUAUUCAUGAUAGUUAAAAACUAUAAACAGCUCAAGUCAUCAUCAACUGAUAGAUGGAUAAACACAUGGUACAUCCGUAUAAUGGAAUACUACUGAGCAAUUUAAAAAGAGCAAACUACUGAUAGUCAACCAAAUGGAUGGCUUUAGAACCAUGUUAACUGAAAGAGGCCAGAUAUGUAAGACUAUAUAUUGAAUGAUUCUGUUUGUUUGAAAUUUCUAAAAAGCAGAAAACUUUCAAGACAAAAGCAAAUCAGUGGUGGCCUGGGUCUGGAGGUAGGAGCAGGGAUUGACUGCAGAUGGGCACAGGGAACCUUCUAAAUUAAAAACUUUUUUUUUUAGAGGCAGGGCCUUGCUAUAGUGUCAGGCUAGUCUCAAACUUCUGGGUUCAACCAGUCUUCCCCUGUCAGCCUCCCAAAGUGUUGGGAUUACAGGCAUGAGCCACUGCACCCAGCUGAGCACAGAGAACUUUUUAGAGUGGUAGAAGUUUUCCCAAACUGGACUGUGAUGAUUACACACACAGCUGUAUACAUAAAGAUAUCUAACUCUCUAAUUGAAACUGAUGAAUUUCGUGGUAGUUAUGUUUCAGUAAAACGUAAUCUGAAUAUUUAACAAAAGGAUAAAGAAAAAAUAAAGGAAUGAUUUACUUUUUGGUAAAAGCGAAAAAAAUUUUAAAGAAUAGAAAAUUCCAUUUUUCUGAAUUAGUAAAGUUUUUUUUACAAGGCAACACCAAAUUGCUUAUGACAUAAUUACUGAAAAUGUUUUAAAAUUAUUAGAUCACUUCCCUGCGGUGAUGCAGUAUAUUGGAAAAUAUUUGAAUUUUUUUAAAUUAAGGAUUUUACAGUGCCAUCAGGUCAUUAUGUUUUAAAGCAGUUUGAGAAAUAAUUCAUAUACAAGCAUGUCUCAAAAAUACUGCAAGUUCAAUUCCAGACCACUGCAAAAAAGUGAGUAUCACACUGAAGGGAGUCAUACAAUUUUUUUGGUUUCCCAGUACAUAUAAUAGUUAUGUUUACACUAUACUAUAGUCUAGCAAGUGUGCAGAGGCAUUGUGUUUUGAAAAACAAUACAUACGUACCUUAAUUUAAAGAUGCUUUAUUACUAAGAAAUGCUCAUGAUUGUCUGAGCCUUCAGAAUUGUAAUCUUUUUGCUGGUGGAGGGUUUUGCCUCAGUGUUGAUGGCUGCUGACUGAUGAGUGUGGUGGGUGCUGAAGGCUGGGGUGGCUGUGGCAAUUUAUUAUAAAAGAAAACAGCAAUGCAGUUUGCUGCAUCGGUUGACUCUUCCUUUCACAGAAAAUGUCUCUGUAGUACAUGAUGCUGUUUAAUAGCAUUUUACCCACAGUAGAACUUAUUUCAAAAUUGGAGUCAGUCCUCUCAGACCCUGCUACUGCUUUGUCAACUUUCUCAAUCCUUUGUUGUCAUUUCAACAAUACUCAUAGUAUCUUCACCAAGAAUAGAUUCCAUCUCAAGAAACCACUUUGUUCAUCCAUAAGGAGGAACUCUUCAUGUGUUCCAUUUUUAUCAUGAUAUUGCAAUUCAGUCACAUCUUUGGACACCACUUCUAAUUUUCUUGCUGUUUCCACCACAUCUGCAUCUACUCCCUAUCAUCCAUGAGGGUUGGAAUCAACCUCUUCCAAAUUCCUGUUAAUGUUGAUGUUUUGAUCUCCUCCCAUGAAUUACAAAUAUUCUUUAGGGCGUCUAUAGAGGUGAAACCUUCCCAGGAGGUUUCCAGUUUACUUUCCUCAGAUCCAUUAAAAGAAUUACUGUCCAUGACAGCUAUAGCCUUAUGAAAUUUAUUUCUUAAAUGAAAUCAAAAUUACUACUUGAUCCAUGGGAUGCAGAAUAGAUUUUAUGUUAGCAAACAUGAAAACAACAUUAAUUUCCUUGUAUAUGUCCAUCAGAGCUCUUGGAUGACUAAGUGUAUUGUCAAUGAGCAGUCAUGUUUUAAAAGGAAUCUUUCUUUCUGAGCAGCAGGUCUCAAUAGUAGGCUUCAAAUAGCCAGUAAACCAUGCCGUAUAAAAACAGGUGUGCUCUCAUCCAGGCUUUGUUCCAUUUAUAGAGCACAGACAGAGUAGAUUUAGCAUAAUUCUUACAGGCACUAGAAUUUUUGGAAAGACCAGUGAGCACUGGCUUUAGCUUAAAAUUAUGAGCUGCAUUAUCCCCUAACAAAAGAGUCAGCCUAUACUUUAAAGCCAGACAUUGAUGUUCUAAAUGGUAUCUUCUUCCAAAAGAAGGCUGUUUUGUCUUACAUUGAAAAUCUGCUUAGUAUAGUGACCUUCAAUUAUCUUAGCUAGAUCUUCUGGAUCACUUAGAGUUUCUACAUCAGCACUUGCUGCUUCACCUUACAUUUUUAUGUUAUAGAGAUAGCUUUUUUCCUCAAACCUCAUGAGCCAACCUCUGCCAGCUUCUAACUUUUCUUCUGCGGCUUCCUUACCUCUUAGCUUUUAUAGAAUUGAGGAGAGUUAGGGCCUUGCUUUGUCUGGAUUACGCUCUGACUAAGGGGAAUGUUACAGCUGUUUGGAUUUUCUACUAGACCACUGAAACUUUCCUCCUAUCAGCAAUAACAUUCUUCCACUUUCUUAUCAUCCAUGUAUUCACUGAGUAGCACUUUUAAUUUCUUCAAAGAACUCUUCCUUUGCAUUUACAACCUGACUUAUUUAUCCAAGAGGCUUAGCUUUUGUCCUGUUUCAGCUUGGCCUUCAUGGCCUUCAGAAGGACAUCCCUUCCUCACUAAGCUUAAUCAUCUCUAGCUUUUGAGUUAAAGUGAGAGAUAUGUGAGUCUUGCUUUCAUUUGAACACUUUGAGGCCAUUGUAGGAUUAUUAAUUGGCCUAAUUUCAGUGUUGUCGUAUCUCAGGGAAUAGGGAGGCUAGAGGAGAGGGAGGAGGAUGGAGAAUGGCUGGUCAAUGGAGCAGUCAGAACAUAUACAACAUCUAUUGGUUAGGUUUGCCAUCCUGGGUGGGGUUCAUGGCACCCCCAAACAAUUCCAAAAGUAAACAUCAAAGAUCACUGAUCACGGAUCACUGCAACAAAUGUAAUAAUCAUUAAUAACUUUGAAAUAUUGUGGUAAUUACUAAAAUGUGAUACACAAAGUGAAGCACAUGCUGUUAGAAAAAUUACACGAAUGGCCUUGCUUAACUCAGGCUUGCCACCAACCUUCCAUGUGUGGCAAAAUGCAGUAUCUACAAAAUACAAUAAAAUGAGGUAAUGCCUGUAUCAUAUACAGUUUACCUACUUAAAGUGCACAAUUCAGUGUUUUAGUAUAUUCACAGAGUUGUACAACCGUCACUACUCCCACUUCAGGACAUCUUCAUCACCUAAGAAAGAAGCUCUGUGUGCUGCGCAUUAGCAGUCACUCUCCAUUUACCCUCACUCCGCCAUCCCCUGGCAACCACUGAUCUAUUUUCUAUCUGCAUGGAUUGGCAUAUUCUGGACAUUAUAUAUAAAUGGAAUGAUACAAUAUGUGGUUCUUUGUGACUGGCUUUUUUGUCUAGCAUCAUGUUUUCAAGGUUCUUCCACAUUGUACAAGUAGCAAUAGCAUGUGUCAUUCUUUUUCGUGGCUGAAUAUUUAUUUGUAUGACUAUACUAUGUUUUUGUUCAUCUUGCUUAUUUUCUUAUAAUUUGCUUAUCUCACCUACAAAUAAGUUACAGAGAGAAAAUGCAACUAAUUGAGCACUCCAUUUUUGUUAGCUAGUAGCUGAUUGUAUUUCAAUAUACUGAGAAGCUGAUGAGGUGAAUUUUCAUGCAUGACUUGUGGCAGCAGGUGCAGUUCUGUGGUGUAGAGGCAAUAUGAUGUAGUAGGCAGAUACUUGGAUUUGGUUUGAUUCCCAGUCCUGCUUUAUGGAUGCUGCAGAUUCCUCACUUUGGAAAAGAGGAAUGAAGAUUGCCUAUCCCUAAUUUGAAAAUUGGAAAUGCUCCAAAAUCCAAAACUUUUUGAGUGCAGACAUGAUGCUGCAAGUAGAAAAUUUCACACCUGACCUCACGUGAUGGGUUGUAAUUGAAAUUGUUUCAUGCACAAAAUUAUUGCCUUUAUGCUAUGUGUGUAAGGUGUAUAUGGAACAUAAAUUAAUUUCAUGCUUAGACUUGGGUCGCAUCCCCAAGAUUAUGUACAUGUAAAUAUUUCAAAAUCUGAGAAAAUUUGAAAUCCAACAGAUUUAUGGUCCCGAACAUUUUGGAUAAGGAAUGCUCAACCCAUACCUCACCUGACUCAUAGAAUUGUGAUAAUCAAGUGAGAUAAUAUUUAUUAAAGCACUUAGUAUAAUAUGAUAUGCAGACAUGGUAUUGAUAUUAUAUAUGAGAAUUCUCUGGCCCAAACAUGUCAUUUGUGUCUUUUUCAGAUAUUUAAACACCCUUCCCCUCUACCACCCCCGCCACCUCCAGCAAUUGUUCAAAUAAUGAAAAUAAGUACUUUGUGAGACUUACUCUUUUCAAACUUUAUGGUCUCAUUUAUUAAACUAACUUCCUUUUCAUUGCAAGAUGGAAACAUUUUUACUUCUUUUGGAUGAUUAUGCCAUUAUUUGUGGAUUGAAAAGAAAAUUCAUUCAGCAAAGCAGCUACUAUGUUAUAUGUCAGGCAUUGAUGACUGAGGCAAAGUCAUCGCACUAUGGCUCUUACAAUCUAGAGAAAAUAAAAACGUUUUAUAAAAGCCAUGUAUAAUGAUUUAACUGUUUAUGUAAAAUUGCGAAACGAUAUAAGAAGUUAAAAAGGAAGGAGAGUUUGACUGUUUAAGACAGGAAAUCAUUUUGGCCAGUGCCUCUUGUUCUAACUGAGGAAGGACUCAACAAACACUGUUCAGCAGUGAGUGAUGGUGAAGACACUGGCAGGUGGUUUCCCAGCAGUAGGUAUCUGUACUAAAAGACUGAUGAGGAUUUUGAAAGAUACUUAUUUCGCUGAAUCAAGAUUAGAUCUUAAAAUAGGAAAGGAAAAGAAACUACACUUUGAGACUUCUGUAAGAUUUCUCUUCUAAAAACAGAUUUACCAACACUGUAAGCAAUACCACUGAAGAAAAUUAAUCUAUGCUCAGUAAGGAUCAAGUAAGUUUUUUUUUAAUUAAUAGACUUUUAAAAGUAGUUUUAGGUUCACAGCAAAAUUGAGUAGAAAGGACAGAGUUCCCACGUACUGCUUUUCUCUGCACAUCAACAGUCAGGCACCAGUGUGCUAAAAUAAUACUAUUUUAAUAGAUUUUUAAUUUUAUAGAUAUUUUAAAUUUUAUAAAUUUAAUAGAUUUUUAAUUUUAUCUUUGUAUUUUUCCCCAUCUCUUCUACCAAAACAUUAAUCUUUUUUUUUUCAUGCAUGAGUUAAAAUCCUUUUUUUAAAUUUGGAAUUAGAGUUUACGAACAAGUAUUCUGACAUUCAUAUUUUCUGAUGAAAUGACUUUCACUUAAUUCCCAGAUUCCCAGGCUGUUUUUUGCUUUCUCCAUCCUACCCCUACUCGUUGUUGGAAUGUUAAUAUGUAUACAGGUUGUAUUUUUUUUUUAUAUUAACAUUAAAUCAGAAACAUUCUUCAGUGCCACUGAAUCUUUUUUUCAACAGAAUUUUAACAGCAUGGUUUUACUUUAUGGAAAAAAGAAGAUUGCAAAUAAUUUGCAAGUGUUAAUUUUUCAGGUAAAUAUAACCAGCCCUUGAAAUUCAGCUCCUUGAAUUUUAUUAGGAACUUGACUUUUAUUUUCCUUUUUGCACCAUCACUAUAGUGAUGGAAUUAAAGUCAAAACCAGCAAAUUCAAGCAGAUACUGCUAUUUAAGCAGCUUUGAUUAGAAGAGCAGAGUGGAUUUACGGAAGAAAUGAGAUAUCUGUAGAUUUUAUUCUGCUGUCUCCUUCCCCAUAUCUCUGUUAAUAUAAUCUUUUUAGAUUUGGGGAAUUCAACAAGUUACUUCAUGUUAUCUCAAAGUAAGAUUUAUUUUGAGUCUAUAAUUACUUGCCUCAUGAGAGCUUCCAUUUUAAAUUAAUUACCCUAAAAUAUUUUUUACUGUUACUAACUACCUCAACUUUCAGUGUUAACCUUUUUUUCUACCUUUUUGUAGGGUUUCAAAUCAUUGAUAUUUUCAGAUCUCAUAAUCUAUAAGGUAUGGCUUUUUAAAGCUCUGUAGUCCCAUGUUUUAAAAGAUGGCAGCAUUGAGAUAAAUGUGUAGUGGCACCAAGUGAUUUUUUUCGUCAUUUGGUCAGUUAGCCCAUUUAACAGAGGAAACUUGUUUCUUUGAAGUUCUUAGAAAUGUAUGCCAAUUCUAGGUCUUUUUGUUAACUUUCUAAAGUCACAAUUUCAUAGAGUUUAGCCAGGGAUAUCAGGAAUCUUUUCAGUGCCAGGAAUCUCUUUAGUGUUGAAAGGUACUGGCUAAAUGCUUUCUUUUUCUUUCUUUCUUUUUUCUGGAGUCAGAAUCUCGCUCUGUCCCCCAGGCUGGAGUGCAGUGACACAAUAUUGGCUCACUGCAACCUCUGCCUGCCACCUUCAAGUGAUUCUCCUGCCUCAGCCUUCCAAGUAGCUGGGAUUACAGGCGCUUGCCACCAUGCCUGGCUAAUUUUUGUAUUUUUAGUCAAGAUGGGGUUUUGCCAUGUUGGCCAGGCUGGUCUUGAACUCCUAACCUCAGGUGAUCUGCCCGCCUUGGCUUCCCAAAGUGCUGGGAUUACAGGUAUGAGCCACCAUCCUCAGCCACAUACUGGCUAAAUAUUAAUAAGUAAAAGUUUGUAUAACUAGCCUGACUGUAUGCUAGUUUCAAAUGUCCAGCUUCCUUUUGAAUAGACACUUUUUGACUAUUGCUAGAUUGUAGGUCUACCAAGUAGUUAUUCCUUAUUUCUGCAUAAUUAUUUUCCCUCUGUACAUCUUUUUUUAAACUUAUUCUUGUUGAAUUGUAUACAGCUUUUUAAGAAUCACUCUCAAAUCUAUUGUUAUAUCUGUUCUUGCCAUAGUUGGAGAGUAUACCUACUCUGUGCUGACCCCAACCGUAGAACUGGGAGGCAAAUCUUAUUUCAGUUAUUAUUUUUAAAAAAGAAACCUCACACAAAACUCCACAACUUUUGAUAACCAUUAAAUCAGUGGAAUAGGCUGUUUUGUGAAGUAGUAAGUUUUCUAUUUUAGAAGUAUGCUAGUUGAAUCUGGAUAACUGUGUCAGAGAUUGUACAGAAGAAAUGCUUCUACCACCUAAGAGGUAAGAAAAUGAUUUCAUGGUUCCAUAAAGGCCCAGUUCAUUUCAAUUCAGCAAGCAGUUUUUGAGCACAUACAAUGUGCGGUCAUAGUGCUAGGCUUUGGGAAUAUGUGAACAUGUAUAAGAAGUUAUACCUCGGGGCGCCAAGAUGGCCAAGAGGAGGCAACUCUGAAGCGCAACUCCCAGCGAGUGAGAUGCAGAAGGCUAGAGAUUCCAAGGGAGAUGCCAAGUUCCUUUUGGUGGGACUGGUAGGACAGUGAAAAUAGCCCGGGGAAGGUGAGCUGAAGCAGGGUGAGAGUAGCCCAGGGAGGGUGAACCAAGACAGGACAGGGCAUGUACCCACCCAGAAAGUACAGCUGGCUUGGAGGGUUAGGGACUUCAACCCCUCAGUGCUCUGAUUCGGAUUCUGUGCUUCCUUCAUCCCUCCUGCAACCCACGGUCCGCAAGAGCCCCACUGGACUGAGGACACCUCGGGUUGUCCAUGCAAAUCUGAGUGACAGCCCUGGCCCACCUAACAACCACAAGUUGUCAGCACAGACCUGGGCUGAAGUUUGGACUAAUGCCAGCAGGAUGGAACUAUCCAUCCCACAGAAAGAGGCAGAGUUGAAAGCAGGGAAACAGGCCAUACGGCCUGGUAGGUCCCACCGCCACAAAACCCAACAAACUGAAGCCUGCACGCCAGAGAGUUUUGCAGCAAAUACACCAGUUUGACCACAACCAGGAAGAUCAAACUCUGGGAAGGAAAGAUGCCUGCCAUUGGGAAGGCAGGGCUAAUCUCACCUGCAUAAACAAACUCCAGGAGAAGGCCACCCAGCAGCCUGACUGAAUCUGGGCAGCCCAGCAGUGCCUCUACAGGAAAAAAAGGGAAAAAAAAGGAAAAAAACCUCAUACAGGAGAUACAGCUCCAACCUCAACAGAAAAUACAUCCACUCAGAGAUUCCUCCCAAAAUCACCAACUUCAAAGAUCAAAGGGAGAUAAAUCCAUGAAGAUGGGAAGAAAUCAGCACAAAAAAAGAUGAAAUCAUCAAAGACCAGAACACCUCUUCUCCUGCCAGGGAUCACAACUCACCAACAAGGGAACAAAACAAGACAGAGAAUGAGUUUGACAAAUUGACAGAAGCAGGCUUCAGAAGGUGGAUGAUAACAAACUUCUCUGAGUUAAAAGACCAUGUUCUAACCCAAUGCAAAGAAACUAAAAACCUUGAAAAAAGGUUAGAUGAAAUGCUAACUAGAAUAACCAGCUAAGAGAAGAAUAUAAAUGACUUGAUGGACCUGAAAAACACAGCAUGAGAACUUCAUGAGGCGUACACAAGUUUCAACAACCGAAUAGAUCAAGCAGGAGAAAGGAUAUCAGAGAUUGAAGAUCAAAUCAAUGAAAUAAAAUGAGAAGUUCCUUUUGCUGGGACUGGUAGGACAGUGAAAACAGCCCAGGGAAGGUGAGCCAACGCUUACCUCUUUUAGAGAAAAAAGAGUGAAAAGAAAUGAACAAAGCCCCCAAGAACUAUGGGAUUAUGUGAAAGGACCUAAUUUACACUUGAUCAGCAUACCUGAAUAUGACAGGGAGAAUGAAUCCAAGCUGGAAAACACUCUUAAGGCUAGUAUUCAAGAGAACAUCCCCAAGCUAACAAGGCAGGCCAACAUUCAAAUCCAGGAAAUACAGAGAACACCACAAAGAUACUCCUCAAGAAGAGCAACCCGAAGGCACUUAAUCUUCAGAUUCACCAGGGUUGAAAUGAAGGGAAAAAAAUCCUAUGGGCAGCCGGAGAGAAAGGUCGAGUCACCCACAAAGGAAAGACCAUCAGACUCACAGCAGAUCUCUCAGCAGCAACCCUACAAGCUAGAAGGGAGUGGGGGCCAAUAUUCAAUAUCCUUAAAGAAAAGAACUUUCAACCCAGAAUUUGAUAUUCGGCCAAACUAAGCUUCAUAAGUAAAGGAGAACUACAGUCCUUUAUGGACAAGCAAUUGCUGAGAGAUUUCAUCGCUACCAGGCCUGCCUUACAAGAACUCCUGAAGAAAGUGCUACACAGGAAAGUAACAACCAGUACCAGCCACUGCAAAAACAUACCAAAUGGCAACGACCAAUGAUGUUGUGAAGAAACUGCAUCAACUAAUGGGCAAAACAACCAGCCAGUAACAAAAUGGCAGGAUCAAAUUCAAGCAUAACAGUAUUAAUAUUGAAUGUAAAUGUAUUAAUAUUGAAUGUAAAUGGCCUAAAUGCCCCAAUUAGAAGACACAGACUGGCAAACUGGAUAAAAAGUCAAGACCCAGCAGUGUGCUGUAUUCAGGAGACCCAUCUCACGUGCAAAGAUUCACAUAGACUCAAAAUAUAGGGAUGGAAGAAGAUUUACCAAGCAAAUGGAGAGCAAAAAAAAGGCAGGGGUAGUAAUCCUAGUCUCUGAUAAAACAGGCUUUAAACCAACAAAGAUCAAAAGAGACAAAGAAGGACGUUAUAUAAUGGUAAAAGGAUCAAUGCAACAAGAAGAGCUAACUAUCCUAAAUAUAUAUGCACCCAAUGCAGGAGCACCCAGAUACAUAAAGCAAGUUCUUAACGACCUACAAAGGGACUUAGAUUCCUGCACAAUAAUAGUGGGAGACUUUAACACUCCACUGACAAUAUUGGACAGAUCAAUGAGACCGAAAGUCAACAAGGAUAUCCAGGACUUGAAUGUAGAUUUGGACCAAACAAACCUAAUAGAUGUUUAUAGAACACCCCACCCCAAAUCCACAAAAUACACAUUCUUCUCAGCACCACAUUACAUUUAUUCUAAAAUUGACCGCAUAAUUGGAAGAAAAUCACUCCUCAGCAAAUGCAAAAGAAUGGAAACAUAACAAACAGUCUCAGACCACAGCACAACCAAGUCAGAACUCAGGAUUAAGAGAAGCACUCAAAACCGCACAAUCACAUGAAAACUAAACAACUUGCUCCUGAAUGACGAAUGGAUAAACAAUGAAAUGAAGGCAGAAAUAAAAAUGUUCUUUAAAACCAACAAGAACGAAGACACAAUGUACCAGAAUCUCUGCAACACAUUUAAAGCAGUGUCUAGAGGGAAAUUUAUAGCAAUAAAUGCCCACACGAGAAACAAGGAAAGAUCUAAAAUCGACAACACCCUAUCGUCAAAGUUGAAAGAGCUAGAGGAGAAAGAUAAAAAGAAACUCAAAAGCAAGCAGUAGACAAAACUAAGAUCAGAGCAGAACUGAAGGAGAUAGAGACACAAAAAACCCUUCAAAAGUCAAUAAAUCCAGGAGCUGGUUUUUUGAAAAGAUCAACAAAAGAGACCACUACUAGACUAAUAAAAAAGAAGAGAGAAGAAUAGAAUAGAUACAGUAAAAAACGAUAAAGGGGAUAUCACCACUAAUUCCUCGGAAAUACAAACUACCAUCAGAGAUGACUACAAACAGCUGUAUGCACAUAAACCAGUAAAUCUGGAAGAAAUUGAUAAAUUCCUGGAUACUUUCACACUCCCAAGUCUAAACCAGGAAGAAGUUGAAACCCUGAAUAGACCAAUAACAAGGUCUGAAGUCAAAGCAGCAAUUAAUAGCCUACCAACCAAAAAAAGUCCAGGUCCAGACGGGUUCACAGCGGAAUUCUAGCAGAUGUACAAAGAGGAGCUGGCACUUUUGAAACUAUUCCAAGCAAUACAAAAAGAGGGAAUCCUCCCUAACUCCUUCUAUGAGACCAACAUCAUCCUGAUACCAAAACCUGGCAGAGACUCAACAAAAAAAGGAAACUACAGGCUAAUAUCCAUGAUGAACAUUGAUGCAAAAAUCUUCAAUAAAAUACUAGCAAACCAAAUGCAACAGCACAUCAAAAAGCUUAUCCACUACGAUCAAGUAGGCUUCAUCCUGGGGAUGGAAGGCUGCUUCAACAUAUGUAAAUCUAUAAAAGUAAUUCACCACAUAAACAGGACCAAAGACAAAAACCAAAAAUUAAGUAUUUUAUUGUUAUUGUUAAUACCAUCAUGACAAUCAUUCCAGGUAAAAUUUGCCUAGAGAGGAAUAAGGAAGACAUCAAGGAAGAAGUGUAUUGAGCAAAGGCCUAUGUGGGAAUAAAAAUAUAAAAUGCCAAAGUUAAUUUGGUGGUUUAAGUUGAACAGUGUUGGGAAAUAAGCCAUGCUAGGUAUGGUGUUAACUAUGCCAGAGAAAAACAGUAUACCUGACCUGUCAUCUGGAUGCUGAUUUAUAGUUUUUCCUGCUUGGGUGUGGUGGCUCAGAACUGCAAUCCUAGCACUUUGGCAGGCCAAGGCAGGAGGAUCGUUUGAGCCCAGGAGUUUGAGACCAGCCUGGGCAACAGGGGGAAUCCCUACCUCUACAAAAAAAAAAAAAAAUUAGGCUGGUGUGGUGGUAUGCGCCUAUAGUCCCAGCUACAGGAGGCUGAGGUGGAAGGCUCACCUGAGCCUGAGAGCUUGAGGCUGCAGUGAGCCAUAAUCAUGCCACUUUACUCCAGCCUGUGCAACAGAGCAAGACCUUGUCUCUAAGUAAGUAAGUAAAUAAAUAAAUAAGAUUGUUUCUAUUUCUGCUUUAGUUAUUUGUGUUGAUUUUAAAUAAGUUCCAUGUAUUCUGAGGUUUACACUUACACACCUCUCUCCUUAAUUAGAACAUAGACAAGUAAAAUCUAUUGUCAUUUUUCAAAAGUAUUUGGACAAAUCCAUUGAAAUAAAUACAGAGUGUUUUCCAGGUUAUUUUUGAGUACCCACUGUGUUCAGGUUAUUUGGCUGGCAACAGAAGGUAUACAAAGAUGAAUGCAUCGAAAUUGUCUCCAAAGUUUGGAGAACACGUAUAAUAGCACAAAAAAGGAUAAAAAGAAAAUUACUGAGAGAAUUAAUUUGAACUCUUUCAAAUUUGGUAAAGGCUUUAUGACGAGUCUUUGAAAUAGGCUACCAAAGAGUUUUCUUUCACUAAUCUCAGCAUAUCAGCCCUUAGUAAUUGUUUUGAUGUAUUUUUUAAUAACCCUAUUGAGGUAUAAUUCAUGUAAACUGUACAUAUUUAAAGUGUACCGUUUGGUCAGUUUUUACAUAUGUAUAUACCCAUGAAACCAUCACCACAAUCAAGAUAAAAUAUCCAUCACAUCCAAGUUUCUUUGUGACCCUUUUUAAUUCACUGUCUACCCCCAUUUUCAGGUAACCACUGAUGUACUUUCUGUCACUAUAGAUUAAGUUGUAUUUUCUAGGAUUUUAUAUAAUGGAGUCAUAGUGAAUAUUUUUUUGGCAAGUAAUUGUAAGAUUCAUCUGUGUUGAUGAUGAAAAUAUUUUUUCAGCAAGUAAUUGUAAGAUUCAUCUGUGUUGAUGAUGAAUCAAAUAGUUCAUGCCUAUUUAAGGCCAAGUAGCAUUCUGUUGUACAUAUCCACCACCAUUUGUUCACCUUUUGAUGGACAUUUGGUUGUUCACAGUUGAAGGCUAUUGCAAAUAAUGCUUCUGAAUAUUUGUGAUCUUUGUAUGUUAUGCUUUGAUUUCUUGGGCACCUACCUAAUUGGAUGUAAUGGCUGAGUCUUAUGUAAGUGUAUUAUUCUUUUCUUUUCUUUUUUUUUUUUUGAGACAGUCUCACUCUGUUGGCCAGUCAGGAGUGCAGUGGCACCAUCUUGGCUCACUGCAACCUCCAUCUCCUGGCCUCAAGCAGUUUUCCUGCCUCAGCCUCCCAAGUAGCUGAGAUUAUAGGUGUGUGCCACCAUGCUCAGCUAAUAUUUGUAUUUUUAGUAGAGACGGGGUUUCAUCAUGUUGGCCAGGCUGGUCUUGAACUCCUGACCUCAGGUAAUCUGUCAGCCUCAGCCUUCCAAAGUGCUGGGAUUACAGGUAUGAGCCACUGCACUCGGCCGUAGUUUUCACUUUUUAAGAAACUACUAAACUUUUCCCACUUAUGUAUGAAAGUUUGAGUUGUUCCACAUCCUGCCAACACUUCAUAUGGCAGGUCUUUUUAAUUUUAACUAUUCUAAUGGGUGUGUAGUAGUACUUUGUUGUGGUUUUAGUUUGCAUUUUCAUAAUGAUUAGUGAUACUGAGCAUCUUUUCAUGUGCUUAUUUAUAUCUGUAUAUCUACUUUGGUUGUUUAAAUAUUUUGUCUGCUUUUUAAUAGGAUUAUCUGUAUUACUAUUGUCAGAGUUCUCUCUCUCUCUCUCUCUCUCUGUGUGUGUGCGUGUGUGUGUGUGUGUGUGUGUGUGUGUGUACUUUCUAGGUACAGAUCCUUCAUCAGAUUUUUUUUUCUUUAUACUUUUAAUUUCUGCACUGAAAAAGAAAAAAUAAAAACGAUGACAGAUUAGUUUACAGUGACUUCAUCUUUGCCCUUAAAUUAACCUUUGCUCCUGGGAACAGAAGGAGAGAAAGACAGGAGAACAUCAAAGCAUGAUGGUGAAACAGUGACCAGGACACCUCAGUCUGACUAACAAGGGUUCUAAAAACCUGAACACAGUGCCGUCAAUGCACUAGUUUGUAAACACUGACAGGCAACAGUUAAAAUACAUUAAAAAAAAAAAAAAAAACAACCACACUUCCAUUCUUAAAAUCAAGCACAAAAUCUGACAGUGAAACAUAUCCAGGGGUUGUGUGUCCCUAUCUGCUCUGGAGGUGGCUCUCUGAAGGCAGCCACAUGGUGUGAGUCACAUGCUAGGAAGAGACAGACAUCUGCUCAACACAGAAUUCUGGCUUUGCUGAACUGCAGCACAUAUUCCCUCUUCUCACUAGUACAGAAAUGUUCUGCAGGUAGGAACGUGAGAGCCCAGCUCAUUCACCUGUACAACCUCCCCUGACCAACAGUGAGAGAGAGCCACGGCAGGGCUGGGGGCUCUGUGUGCUUUGGAGGCUACUGCCUCUGGAAUGUUCUGCAUUCUCAAGGUUUGGUUGGGCUGCGGGUUUUAGUUAUGCUCCACACAUUGUUUAAGUGCUAGCUUUAUUUUUCAUGUGCAAACUGUUCUGUGUAAAGCUUUCAGAAGAACGUGUACAGACACCUUGCAGAGACAAGGGUCAUGAUGGGGCCCUACUGCCUCUUGCGGUGGGGCAGGGGCAAGGGGGCGUGUGACAGAAAUAGAGAAAUGAC